AAGAUUUUUUGGGACGGCAAUGACCUAUGUGGAAAGCUGGAAACCAGAAGAUGCUUUGUAAUUCCGCUGAUUUGCAGCAUUGCGGCCAUGGCAUCCAAGGAUUUACGCAAUUACGCAGUGCACCACUAUAUGAAACUGUCGUGCAGAUCAACCGCCGUCUGUUAGGAUGGUCCGAUAACGAAGCAUAUGUCGAUUGGCUCUACGUUGUCAUCUGCCUGCUGCUGACUUGCAUGGCGGGACUCAUGAGUGGACUCACACUUGGUCUACUGUCCCUGGAUACCGUCGACCUGGAGGUCCUCCUGCGCUCCGGCACGGCGAGGGAGAAGAGAUGCGCGCGGAAAAUCAUGCCCAUCAUAUCUAACAACCAUCUACUGCUGGUCACGCUUCUCAUGUGCAACGCUGUGGCAAUGGAAGCGUUACCGCUUUUCCUUGACAAGUUGGCGGACCCCGUCACUGCGGUCAUCGUCUCCGUGACUGCCGUGCUGUUCUUCGGCGAAAUCAUUCCGCAGUCGGUCUGCAGCAGGUACGGCCUCGCCAUCGGCGCCAGCUUGGCGCCGCUCGUACGGCUGCUGAUGUGGGUAUGCAGCCCCGUGGCCUGGCCAAUGGGGAAGCUUCUAGAUCUGCUCAUAGGGCCCGAUCAUCACACCCUAUUCCGCCGCCGCCAGCUCAAGGAACUCGUCAGCAUGCAUGCCGAGGAUGCCGGGAUGGGGGGCGCACUAGGCAGGGACGAGAUUAAGGUCAUCACCGGCGCUCUGGACCUGACGAGCAAAGUGGCGUUCCGGGCCAUGACGCCCCUGGACAAGGUGUUCAUGCUGUCCCAUGUCGACCUCCUCGAUGAAGUCACGCUCAGGUCCAUUCUUCGGAGCGGCCACAGCCGUAUUCCCGUACACCGGGCGGGCGACCGGAGGGAGGUGGUUGGGCUCGUACUGGUGAAGGAGCUGUUGCAGUACAGACUGGGCAGCAGUACGGAUGUACCGGUGGCCAUGCUGCGGAUUCGGAGCAUACCUAGGCUUCCCGCGACCACGCGAAUGUACGACAUGUUACGGCUCUUCCAGACGGGCCGCUCGCACAUGGCCGUACUGACGCAGCCGCCGCGAGGGGAGCUACAGCGGUUGCUACAGCUCGAUCCGUCGCUGGGGAAGGGUGACGUCGACGGCUUCCUGCCGUACAGCUUGUACGACACGGCUGGCGGUAACAUUGAAAAUAGCUAUCCGCCUAGUGCCCUGGACACGCAGGAGAGUUUUGAUUUCGGUGUAGGUGCCGUACCGUACGACGCGCCGACGGCGUCGUUCCGGCAUUGGGGCACGCCGCUGGAGACGCCGCGCGGCGAGUACGACGAGGCGAAUUCGUCUAACAGGAUGGCAUCGCCGGCAAGUACGACAGGCGAAGCGGCGGAGCUGUCGCCACAGCAGCCGCGGCAGCCGCAGCCGUCACAGCGUAUGAACUCAUUGUUUGCGGCUGCACCAGCGGCGGCGGUUAUUGUCGCAGAGGCGGCGGAGGCGGAGGCGUCAGCAAGAACUCUUGAAGCUGCUACGUUGACCGGAGGUACGACACCCGGAGCAUGUGCAGCCACUGUCUCCUCUGCUGCCGUUGCAUGCUGGCCAUCGGAUUCUGGCCGGUUGCCCGCGGACCAUAAAGGGACUGCUAGUUGUGAUGCCGGUGGCGGCGAGAGGCAGUGUACGACAGGGCGAGACGGCGCUGAUGCCGACGCAGAGUACGACAUGGACGAGGUAGAGGAGGGCCGGCCCAUUGGCAUCAUAACCAUCGAGGACGUCAUCGAGGAGCUGAUUCGCGCCGAGAUUGUGGACGAGACCGAUCGCUACAUCGACAACAACAGGCUCAUCAGAGCCAACCAAGCACAGCUAGCCCAAUCGCUGCCAGAACAUCUUGCGAAGGUACCUCACCUACUCAAACCCAACUACCCCAACCGCGAGAAGUACGACAACACCUCCAUCACAACCACCAACACCAACGGCAACGGCACCAGCUGUCUGUUGUAA